CUUCGUUCUGUUUGUACAGAUGCGGAUCCUACAAAAUUAUAUAGAAAUAUGGUUAAAAUUGGUCAAGGUGCAACAGGUGGAGUGUAUACAGCUCAAUCAGUGAACACAAAUAUGUCAGUGGCUAUUAAACAAAUGAAUUUAGCUCAACAACUUCGAAAGGAAGUGAUUAUUAACGAAAUUUUAGUCAUGCGAGAGGCGCAACAUAAAAAUAUUGUCAACUUUAUUGAUUCAUUCCUUUUGGAUAAUAAUGAGUUAUGGGUUGUGAUGGAAUACAUGGAAGGAGGAAGUUUAACAGAUGUAGUUACGACAAGUAUGAUGACAGAAAGUCAAAUUGCUACUGUUUGUCGAGAGACGUUAGAAGGAAUUUAUCAUUUACAUUCAUUGGGUAUAAUUCAUCGAGAUAUCAAGUCAGAUAAUGUUUUAUUAGGUUUAAAUGGGCAUGUUAAAUUAACUGAUUUUGGUUUCUGUGCAAGAUUAAAUGACUCUGAAACAAGAACGACUAUGGUUGGGACUCCUUACUGGAUGGCUCCUGAAGUAGUGACUCGUAAGGAAUAUGGACCGAAGAUUGAUAUUUGGUCCUUGGGUAUUAUGGUUAUUGAAAUGAUUGAAGGAGAACCUCCUUAUUUACAUGAAAAUCCAUUAAGAGCGCUUUAUUUGAUUGCUACGAAUGGAACACCCUCUCUUCAGCAUCCUGAUGAAUUAUCUGAUUUAUUGAAAGACUUUUUAAAGCAAUCUUUAACAGUGGAUAGUCAGGAAAGGCCUGAUGCAGGCAGUUUAUUAGAGCAUCCAUUCUUAAAAAGAGGAGAGAAUAUCAAGUCAUUAAUACCUUUGAUUAAAGCAAGUCGAGAUAUUCGAAAGAAGACGCAUGACAUUUAA